AUGGUCUUUCGCGGUCGUCCAUCAAAGGCCUGCCAGCGCUGUCGGACUCGGCGGUUGAAGGCAAUCCGUAUUGAGGAUCAGACGGAGGACGCGCGGCGCAAGGCUCUGCUGAAGUCGAAACCUGCUCGGCUGACAGAGGCUUCGCUAUCAGUCUCCAUCGACGUCCAGGCCCGUAUGGUUUUCUUCGCCCAUUACGUGUCUGUAGGCUCCCGUGGAUGGGACUUUCUGAUUCGAUGGGAACGUGAGAUGGAAGUGGCGCCUCGUUGGUUAAAUGCGAGCAUUGAUGCAGUGAGCUUAGCUCUUCUGGCGCAUCACCAUGUCUCGGCUCCUUUACUGUCCUUGGCUCGUCAGCGGUAUGCUUUGGCUUUGCGCGUGAUGAAACAGGCUUUGAGCUUUGCCCCGAUUGCGAGAGAUAGCCUGAUCGCGGCAUCUCUACUAUUGGACCUGUUCGAAAAGAUCACGCACACCGAAGCCAGCGUCAUUCAAUUCUGGCCGAGCCAUGUCAACGGAACACUCGCUUUGAUUCGGAAGACCGGAGUAGAGCAUUUUCAAGAUCACUGUGCACUACGGAUCAUGUCACGAUUUCUAACCAACUAUAUCAUCAGCUGCGUGGCCAGCGCGCAUGCUGUCUCCAGUGACGUUCUCAUACUCCGUGACCAUCUCGAGCGUCAUUUGGACCUGAAAGACGAUCCGAAAUGGAAGAUCUCGGGGCUGACGAUAGAGUAUGCCUCUUUCCUCAAUGCAGUUCACACUGGCAGAUGGUCACUUCAGGAUAGCAUGGCCCGCGCACAGGAUCUUGACCAGGCCCUUUUAGCGACCUCCCGGGACAUGCCUCCAGACUGGCAGCCGGAAAGGCGGAUUCUGCGGUACCCCUUGCCCCAUGUGUAUGGCCAGGAAAUGGACUUCUAUCGUGAUCGUCAUGCCACUCAGACCUGGAAUGUUGUGCGGCAGGUGCGCAUCCAGCUCAACGAAUAUCUCCUGGACUGUUAUGAGACGUUGAACGCAACCCACGGAGUCAACCAGCUCGCUGCAUCUGAAGCUGCCUUGAGUAAUAUUACAGCACUGUCGCUCGAGGUAUAUGCCUCCGUUCCACAAUAUGCAAGCUAUGCCUGCCGGGCAAAAUGCAGCCAAGGACAGGCAGAUAACACAGAUCUCUCCGUUGUCCCGCAGAAGGGCUGCAACAAAGUGCAUACGCCGUCCGAGCUCCUCGACUGCUACACUCUUCUGUUUCCUAUGUAUAUUGCCGCUCGAUCCAAGGCUGCCACAGCCGAUCAGAGACAGUGGGUCUCGUACAUGUUCCGUUAUAUCAGCGAUCACUUUGGCAUUCGUAAUGCCUUGCUCCUGGCACAAAUACUCGAUCAGAACAGCGAUAUUAGCCCUUGGUGCAUUUAUGCUAUGCUAGGGGGAUACGGAUUCGCCGCUUGA